UUUAUCAAUUACUUCAGGAGAGAUGAUGAUAGUAUUUGUUUAUGACACUGCAAGGUGUUGUAAAGAAGAUGAUGAUCCUGCAGAAGCAGUUAUGUACUUCCAUCCUGCAUGGGUAUCUCUUACCCAAAGGUUAGCUCUAGCAGGUCAAUUAAUGGCAGUUAAUCAAUUUCUUUCAACUUCGUUUUCCAGUCCAAAAUCAAUUACAUUACAAGGAGGAAAAUUUGUACUAAAAAAAUUUGGGCAGUAUAUACUUGCAGUGGGAACUGAUAGAAAUAUUCAUGAUUGGAUUUUGGAAAGACGUGCAAACACAUUAGAAUCAUUAUUAAAAUUUUUUCAUUAUGAUUUGAAUAAGAUAUUAGAAUCAUUUAAUAAUGACAGAAAUAAAUUUACAGAGAAGCUCUAUCAAAUGUUCGAAACAUAUUUGCCAAUACUUCAAUACAGUGCCAAUCUAUUCUCCAAUAUUCCUAUCAUUAAACUUCCAAAGAGUGCUAGUAACAUAUUUUUAGAAGCAAUUCAAGUUUUACAAUAUUGUCAAGAAACCAGUGGUAUUAUGGGUGGUGCACUCUUCUAUAAUAACAAGGUAGUUGCAACUCAAUUAAGUGCUGAGUUGACUAAACAAAUUGUAAUAACUGAUCCAUACAGGAUAAAGGCUCCUGCAGAAAGAAUAUCAACAGAAUUUCAUCUGCCUGUUGGAGUACAGCUAUUGCGAGUAUAUAUAGAACAAAAACAAUUUACGAAACUUGUACAAGAAGCGAAUAAUGAACGCUAUUAUAGUUCUUAUUUAGAUUCUGUUACUAAAAAAAUUAUACAGAGAAAGAACAUGCCCAAGAACAGUAAAGAACUUCCUAUAUCUGGAAUGAAACGUGAUACUUCUCGCAUUUUUACUGUACCUGAAGAAGGAGAAUUAGAUUCAUCACAGUACAACGAUAAUAAUCACUAUGUACCCUCCGUUCCACUUACAGUUUACAAUUCUCCAGUAAAACGUAAACAGGAAAGUAAAAUAGACCGUCCUAAGUGUGUAAAUCCUUUGACUCCUAGUGUUUGUUCUACACCUUUAAAAGAUAUUAAUAGAGUACUACAUGGUAACGCUGUUUUAAUAUGUAACACAAAUGAAGAUACAAAUAAUGAAGCAGAGGAAGAAAAAAAAGACAUAAAAACAAAUGUGGAUGAUAUUCCAGAUGUUGUUAAGGAAGCACUUAGAUGUAAACGUUUAAAUAAAUUAAGGAACGUUACACCAAGAGAAAAAUUAGUAAAACGAAAAGAAUUUAAUAAAAAAAGCUUAAGCAUGCAUGAUUUAGAAUCGUCUAAUUUGUGCUCCAAUCGAAUAUCAAUAAGAACAUAUGGAUUAGGUUUACCACAAUUAAAACAAAAUGUAUCUCCUGAAGCUUCUCCUGAAAAGAAAUACUUAUAUAAAAGACAGUUCCAUACUAUUACCGAUCCAUGUUAUCCUGUAUUUCGAUGCGAUGGAUUACCAGUAUCUCAAUCCUUAUACGAACAAUAUAUAUCUUCACAUUAUGAAGAGCUUAAAGACGAUCGAAAUAAUACAGUUAAUCGGAACGAUUUUUUAACAAGUUUGACUAACAAUUGUAACACAAAAAAUGUAACGAACAACUGUGAUACUGUGACCAGAGAUAAUUUAGAAAAAGCAAGUAAUUCUCGUGACAUAAAGUUAGAUAGUAAAAUAAAACAAGAAACUUAUCGUAGAUCGAUGAGUCUCCCUUUGAAACCACUUAGUAUUACUGAUAACGAUGAUAGACGAAAAUCAUCAUCGGAGUGUGGUAAUGCAUAUGACUUUCUUCAAAAAAAGAAACUGGAUGGUUUACAAUUAACGCCUCUUAUGUCUAAACUUAGUUUACUUGCUGACGAGAGAACUAGCGGCUUUUGUAGUAGAGAAACAACCCCAAGUGAAUUUCGAGAUUUAUCUAGUUUUUCAACAGCAACAAAUCAAAUAAUCAAGCAAAAAUUAGAAGCAGUUAAUAAAGAAAUUGGCAGUGAUGGUGAAGACGAACUUGAGGAAGACUGGAUAACUACUUCUAAGGAUGAAGUUUAUCUUGAGAAAACGGAAUUAUUUCUUUGUGGACAUCAUAACAUGGUGCUAGUAUUGUUAAUGGAAAAUGGAACUGCCAAUAAUCCUGAUCUUAUACACUCUCUUUGGGAAACUUGUGUAAAUGCAUUAGGAAAACUUGAAGCAAGACUGCAACAAUGUUUAGAACCUUUACCAUCAAAUGAAAAUAAAGAAUUAUACAGUAUUUUAAGUAUUGAUCCACAAUGGGAUACAAUAAAUCGUUCUGGACUCUGGGGUGUUACUGAAUUAGACAUUGUUUCUUGUCUUCAUGAUAGAUUCAGACAUGCCAGCAAUCUCACAGAUAUUAUUAUCAGAACGGAAGAUACUGUUGUUUAUGGUAACCAGUGUGGAAACAUAGAAGUAUUUUAUCAACAAGCAGUGGCUCCAAACACCUCUGGAGGACUUCCAACUCCUGCAGAUUUAAUGGGGAUUGUGUCUCUUAAAGCAAAACGUAGACUGGAAAGAGACCAUGGAAUUGUAUUGCUAUAAAUUAUAAUUAUCUACAAAUGCUUCCAUCACAAUCUCGUUCAAGAUUUAAUUAUUUUAUCCAAUAUUUUGCUCUUUUCUUAUAUCUCACA